AUGGAUGUCCCCGAGAUACCACCACCAAAUCUACUCCUCAAGAACAGCGACGCAAACGACCACCCUGUCCCAGCCAAAGGCAAGCCCAAGGAGCUACAACACCCUAAGGCACACCCCAAACCAGCCAUAUCUCACCCGCAUCCUCACCCGCACCCACACGCUCACUUCGGUAUCUCCUACUCCCCCUACAAAGCAGACCGCACCUGCAAGAACCAAGAAGAAGUAAACAAAGACCUAGACCGAGUCUCCAAAUACUCCUUCAUCCGCAUCUACGGUACAGACUGCGACCAAACAAGAACCGUAACCAACGCCGCACGACGACACAACAUGCGCGUUUUCGGCGGCGUCUACGACCUACAGGACUUCCCAGGAAGCCUGGACGCCUUUAGCGACGCAGCAGCAGGCCCAGACGGCAAAAAGGACUGGUCAAUCUUUCACACGAUCGCCGUCGGCAACGAGCUCGUAAACGGCGGCACCAACUCCGCCAACGACGUCGUGGCAGCCGUCCAAAAAGCACGUUCCGUGCUCCGUGCACAGGGCUACACAGGUCCCGUCGUCACAGUCGAUACCUUCUCCGUCCUCCUCGAUCACCCGGAACUCUGCCAUGUCUCUGAUUACUGCGCGGCGAAUUGCCAUUCUUUCUUCGAUGCUACGCAGCGACCUGCUGGGGCUGGUUCGUAUGCGCUCGAGCAGGCGCGUAGUAUCUCCGAGAGAGCGGGUGGGAAGCGUACUAUGAUUACCGAGUCUGGGUGGCCGCAUGCUGGGGAUGCGAAUGGAGGUGCUGUUCCUUCUGUGGACAAUCAAAAGGCGGCUAUUGCGAGUUUGAGGAAGAGUUUUGAUCACCGGAGGGAGGAUUUGGUGCUUUUUACUGCUUUUGAUGAUUUGUGGAAGGAUGAUACUAUGUAUACCUUCAAUGCGGAAAGGUUUUGGGGCAUUCAUGGGGAUUUGUAG